UGCAUUUAAGACAUUACUCCCGCUUGCUCUUUCCUAUUCCGCCCUGGGUCGCACGAUUUCUUACUCCUUCCCUCUCAGCUUCGACCUCAUUUUUUACUAUUACUAACCAGAAUAAGUGACACCCGCACAAGCAACCAAACCAAGUAGGCUCCGCUUAACGACGUCAGUGGUCGUAUUAUCACACCAGGGUACCUCUACGCUAGUCUAAGGUACACCGAUUUGGUAUACAACUACUUAGUACACUGCCUAACCGCAAACGUUCGUCCUCUUAUCUCUCCGCUUGUUAGUCGUUCGCUUCGCCGCCGUUGGACAGCACCGUCCACCGUUCAGACCAAUUGAUUACCAUUCAUUGCAUCCAUUCAUCCCAUCCGUUGUUUCAGUCCCGUCUUGUGACUGUGUCCUUCAGUUUGUCCCUUUUGCAACUGCUGCUCGCUCGCGAAGCAAUCACACUUACCAUUUUGUCCGUGAAAUCCGUAGAUGAUCGAAAGCGAACCCCGCGGCUUUGGCAGGAGAGCUGAGCGAGUCGUACCGGAACUGCAAGUUCACCAUCAGCAUCAGCCUCAACCUCAAGAGCAGAACGCCCAAGCCCAAGCCCAAGACCAACAGCAGGUUCGACAACUGGACAUCGGCAGCGACAACAGCGGCGAAAGUAACAGCGUAGCACCUGCCCGUGAGCCGGCACCAACAACCGCGGAGGAGGACGCCCGAGUCAUCCGUGUCAGCGAGACCACUACGAAUACCGUCAGUGAGACGGCCUCAGGAGCGACACCCGCUUCCAGCGACAACCGUAACAACACCAACAUCACCACCACCAACCCAAACAACAACAUGGGUCUCGCCUACAAUGUCUACCUCAACAGCGGCAAGAUUUAUGGGUGCAGGAACUGCAAGACCCAUUUGGCUAAUCAUGAGGACAUCAUCAGUAGGAACUUCAGAGGCCAGCACGGAAAGGCCUACCUCUUCAACUCGGUCGUCAACGUCGAGACCGGUGAUCCCAACGAGCGCAACAUGACGACGGGCCGCCACGUCGUCCGGGACAUCCACUGCCGCCAAUGCAAGGAGGUGGUCGGAUGGAAGUACGAUCGAGCCUAUGAGCCCAACGAGAAGUACAAGGAAGGCAAGUUCAUUUUGGAGGCCGAGUUGCUUGCCAAUGUGAACUAGGUUUUGCCAUGACCUGGUCUGAUGACGGUGUAUGAUGCCUUGGAGCUUGCACUACAUUGCAUUGCUGCCGUGCAUUGCUAUGUUUGAACUUGGAGUGCUGGGGCGCUUAAUGGGCCGUGGUGGUUCGGGGGUGGACUGAAUGAAGUUGAUGUGACAAGAUGGAAGGAUAAGUCGAGUCGGAUGGCACAGGACGACAUAGCGAAGGAUGGACAGAAGGACAGACGGACGAGAUGAUUUACGACAUGAUACGACUUGGCACGAUAUAACAUGAAGGAAGAAGCGCCUAUGGAUGACUACCUGCCAGACUACCUGCCGAACAGUUUCGCGAAAUUGGCAACAUAGCACUACUGCCGAAGAAACCUCUUUCUGCGACAUAGUGCUGGCAGAUCUGUAGGGCCGACUGAUGUCUGACCCUGUACGUUGAAACGCACGCAGGUGUUCUCGAAGCCUUCACCAACUGGGCGAGCAAAGUAUGUACAGGUAUAUGCUGCUUCUUGCUGCUCAACGUCGGGCGCUCAAAGAUCAAAGGUAUUUUGCCAAUUUCGCAAGAUCAUUCGGUAGCUACCUACAGCAGAAUCAGGAUAAGAUCAUCAGACGCAGCGUGGCGCAGGCAGUAGGGCAGCAGGGCGCAGGGCGAACACAGCCAAGCUUAUACGCACGGCCCGGAGUAUCAAGCCUAAAGGGAAUAUGCGCAUGAAUCACGGCAAGCAAGUGACGGAGACGUUAUCAGGUAUUUUUUGAUAUUUUAGGUUGCGAAUCAAUAGUUUUCUCAAACUCUACCUGUCCGCACCUGACAAUAUUUGUUCGCGAUCUCGCUGAGCGAGAGUCCAAGUAGAAGGUGGAGGCCUUGACUCGUGCCUCGUGGCUACCGUAUGUGCAUCUAAUCCAUCCCUUUGUUGCGAAUCAUCUAUCUGCGUCUUUAUCGUUAUGCACUCAGCACAUUCUGCAACAAUGAUCCAGACCAUCUUCCUGCCGAGACAUCCAUCAUCGCUGUCUUACUUUCAUCUGUUGUCUACAACCCACUCUUCGGGCCUCAAAGCACCUGUCUGACCAUUGCCCGCGACCCUCUUCCACAAGUCACAGACAUGUCGCGGGUAGUAGACUGUAAACAUGUCUUGUUACUCUGCCUGAAAAGUAAUGUAUGAUACAUCAC